AUGGUGCUGCAGGGCGGCCCAGGAGGGGCUGGGCGGCGUCGGCUGCUGCCCCGGAGCCUGGCUGCCCUGCUCCUGCUCCUGGCUCUGGGGCACACCUGGACCUACCGGGAGGAGCCCGAGGAGCGCGACAGGGAGGUUUGUUCCGAGAACAAGAUCGCCACCAGCCGGUACCCGUGCCUGAAACCCAGCGGCGAGCUGGCCACCUGCUUCAGGAAAAAAUGCUGUAAGGGUUAUAAAUUUGUUCUUGGACAAUGCAUCCCCGAAGACUACGAUGUGUGUGCAGAAGCUCCGUGUGAACAGCAAUGCACAGAUAACUUUGGACGUGUCCUUUGUACGUGUUAUCCUGGAUACCGGUAUGACCGGGAGAGACACAGGAAUAGAGAGAAACCCUACUGCCUAGAUAUCGAUGAGUGCGCCACAAGCAAUGAGACUCUCUGCUCUCAAAUCUGUGUCAACACCAUGGGCAGUUACAGAUGCGAAUGUCAUGAAGGCUAUAUCCGGGAAGAUGAUGGGAGGACUUGCACCAAAGGAGACAAAGCCGGGCUUUCUGAGAAGGCUGACAACGUGGUGAAAGCAGGAACCUGUUGUGCCUCUUGUAAGGAAUUUCACCAGAUAAAGCAGACGGUUUUACAACUAAAGCAAAAGGUUGCUUUGCUACCAAACAAUGCUGCUGACCUUAGCAAACAAAUCACUGGUGAAAAGGUGCUUGCAUCUAAUGCCUAUAUACCAGGUCCCCCCGGGCAACCAGGACACCAAGGCCCUCCAGGGGUCCCGGGACCAAAAGGAAGUCCAGGAUUUCCUGGCUCACCUGGACCUCCAGGCCAACCAGGUCCUAGAGGAUCAAUGGGACCCAUUGGACCAUCGCCUGACAUAUCACAUAUUAAGCAGGGCAGACGGGGCCCAGUGGGUCCGCCGGGGGCACCAGGGAGAGAUGGUACCAAGGGGGAGAGAGGAGCACCAGGACCAAAAGGGCCACCUGGCCCACCAGGCUCAUUCGAUUUUCUGUUGCUGAUGAUGGCAGACAUCAGAAAUGAUAUUGCUGAACUUCAGGAGCGAGUGUUUGGACACAGGACUCACUCAUCAGCAGAGGAGUUUCCAUUACCUCAGGAAUUUACAAACUACCAUGACACAGUAGACUUUGGAUCUGGAGAGGACUAUAAGCAAAGAAUUGCACCCAAAGACUCUAGGAUGCACAAAACAGCCCAUCAUUAG